ACGGGGGGCGCGGCCGGGCCAGCGGAACAGAACGGAACGGAACGGAGCGGAACGGAACGGAGCGGAACGGAACGGAGCGGGCCGGGCGGCGGGCGCAGCCAUGUCCUUCUGCUCCUUCCUGGGGGGAGAGGUGUUCAAGGACCACUUCCAGCCGGGGAUUUACGUGUGUGCCAAGUGUGGCCAUGAGCUGUUCUCCAGCCGCGCCAAGUACGAGCACUCGUCGCCGUGGCCCGCGUUCACCGAGACCCUGCGCGGGGACAGCGUGGCCAAGCGCGAGGAGCGCCCGGGGGCGUUGAAGGUGACCUGUGGCAAGUGUGGCAACGGGCUGGGCCACGAGUUCCUCAACGAUGGGCCCAGGAGGGGCCAGUCCCGCUUCUGAAUAUUCAGCAGCUCGCUGAAGUUCGUCCCGAAAGGUAAAGCUGACCUGAAGGAGAAAUAAGUGAGCUGCUGCACCUGCCACUGCCCUGGGCUAAUCCUGCCUUCACUCCUUGGGAUGCACUGACCUGCCAAGGGGACCCACAGCAGGAGCAGCCCCAAGGAGGCUCCUGGUCCGAGUUUCCCCCUGAUUUCCCUGUCACGGUUUCCCCUUGAUUUCCCUGUCAAGGUUUUAUUCCCUGAUUUCCCUGUCAAGGUUUUAUUCCCUGAUUUCCCUGUCAUUUUUCCCUGUUGCAGUUCCCCUUGAUUUCUCUGUCACGGUUCCUCCUGAUUUCCCUUUCACAGUUCUCUCCUGGUUUCCCCAUCCCAGUUCCUCCCUGGUUUCCCUAUCCCAGUUCCCCCUGGUUUCCCCAUCCCAGUUCCCCUGGUGUCCCUAUCCCAGUUCUCUCCCGGUUCCCCUAUCCUGGUUUCCCUAUCCCAGUUCCCCUGGUGUCCCUGUCCCAGUUCCUCCCUGGUGUCCCUAUCCCAGUUCUCUCCCGGUUUCCCUGUCCUGGUGUCCCCAUCCCAGUUCCCCCUGGUUUCCCUGUCCUGGUGUCCCCAUCCCAGUUCCCCCGGUGUCCCUGGCCCGGAUCCUCCUGGGGCUGUUCCAGCUCCGUGCCAGCAGCUGCUGUGCCGUGCUGAGCCCCUGGCAGGCUUUGCUGCUGACAGUGUCCAGAGCCCGGGCAGGCUCUGCUGCAGUCCCGGGAGCU